UGUAUCAAGUGGUACUAUCGAAAACUCUGGAGCUUAAAUUUUCACACUGGUUUUCCGAGGAGGAUUUCAACGUUUUAUGCUUUUAUUACACCGUAUUAAGUGCAAAGGAAACGUUUCAAAUUGUAAAAGAAGUUAAACUCCACUAACCUAGUGGAUUGUUUUUAAAUCAAAAGCAGAAAUGUCUCACACAAUAUUACUUGUUCAACCAGGCAAUAGACCUGAAACAAGAACAUAUUCUGAUUAUGAAAGUGUUAAUGAGUGUAUGGAAGGAGUAUGCAAAAUUUAUGAAGAGCAUUUAAAAAGGCGAAACCCAAAUACACCAACUAUAACGUAUGAUAUCAGCCAGUUAUUUGAUUUUGUUGAUCAACUUACAGACUUAUCAUGUCUUGUUUAUCAAAAGUCUACAAAUACGUAUGCUCCAUACAAUAAAGAUUGGAUUAAAGAAAAGAUAUAUGUUUUACUACGCAGAGCUGCAGGACAUAGUGAAUAACUAAUGAAUAAAAAUAGAUAUAUGCUUUUAUGUAUAAGACAAAUUAACUUUAAGUAAAGAUCUAUAUUACCAUUUGUAAUAAUAAAUAUAU